CACGAGAGCCCCGGCGGCAGGAGCGGGUGGUGGGCGGCUGAGAAGUCACCACCAUGAGGAAGCUCUUCAGCUUCGGGAGACGCCUGGGCGAGGCGCUCCUGCGCUCCAGCGACGAGUACGCGGGUCCCGGGUACCACAUCCGGGACGGGGAACUGCGGAAAAUCCACAGGGCGGCCAUCAAGGGCGACGCCGCGGAGGUGGAGCGCUGCCUGAGGCGCCGGAGCCGGGACGUGGACGCCCGCGACAGGAAGGGCAGGACUCCUCUGCAUUUGGCCUGUGCAUAUGGCCGUGUGGAAGUGGUCACUCUGUUGGUGAGCAGAAAGUGCCAGAUUGAUAUCAAUGACAGACUAAGCAGGACCCCUUUAAUGAAGGCUGUGCAUGGUCAGGAGGAGGCUUGUUCCAUUAUUCUGCUGGAACAUGGCGCCAAUCCAAACAUUCAAGAUGUCUACGGCAACACUGCUCUUCAUUAUGCUGCAUCUAACAGCGUGACUUCACUGGCAGAAAAACUGCUCUCCUACCAGGCAAAUAUUGAAGCAAUAAACAAGGAGGGAAACACACCACUUUUACUUGCUAUAAUUUGCAAGAGACAGAAAGUGGUAAAGUUUUUAAUUAAGAACCAGGCAAAUGUACACGCUGUUGACAAUUUCAGAAGAACAGCCCUCAUGCUUGCUGUACAUCAUGACUUGCCAAGUAUAGUCAGCCUUCUCCUUGAAGAAAAUAUUAGCAUCUUUUCUCAAGAUAUGUUUGGACAAACAGCAGAAGAUUAUGCUGUUUGUUGUGAUUUGAUAAGGAUUCAACAACAAAUUUUGGAACAUAAAAAUAAGAUGUUUAAAAAUCAUCUUCAUAAUGACAAUCAAGUAGAACAUGACUUAAAAGUGGCUUCAGAGGAAACACAAGAAAGGCUUGAGAGAAGUGAAAAUAUACCGCCACAGGAUUUUCAAAGUUAUGGAACAAAGAAGGAUGUCAUGUAUGAAAAUUGCAUGUUGAAGAGAGAUACUGCCGUAAUCAGAUGGAAAUUACACACAAUGAAAAAUGCCAGUCUCAGAAAGGAAAAGGAACAUAUUCAGGAAAUUAAAAGCAUUCCAGAAAUAAAUGCUAACUUUCAAAAGAGCAUAAGACUCAAUGAGAAAAUGAUAACAAAAACAAUAUCACAGUACUGUCAACAGCUUAAUGAACUCAAAGCUAAGAAUACGAGGCUGAAUUCAGAAUUGGAGAAGGAAAAACGCAACAAGGACAGAUUGGAAGCUGAAAUUGCAUCCCUCCAUUCCAUCCUGACUGCUGCUGUAAAUGAGCACAAUGAAAGGGUGGAAAUAAAAUACCUACAAGUUGCUUUACAGAGAGCAGAAGAUGUUUCUGUACAAGAAAUAAUGACUUCUAAUAUUUCUCAACUAAAAGAUAAUAAUGAGUUGCUUACGGAACAGCUUUCUAAAGCUCAGAUGAAGUGCAAUACCUUAAAAGAGAAGCUCCGUGACACAAGAGAUGCUCUCAGGGAAAAGACAUCGGCUUUAGAAAGUGCGGAGAGGGACCUAAGACAAAAGCGGCAUCGAAUAAAGGAAAUGGAGCCAAUGCAUCUAAAUGAGGAAGCUAAAGAGAGUCAAUUCAUUGCAAAGCAGAACUGUGUAGAAGAGAGAAUAUGUCAACUAGAAUAUGGAAAUCCCUUGCUUGAACAAUUACUAGAGGCUGCUUGUAAGGAAGGCAACAAUGAAAAGAUAGUAAUGAAUACCCAAGGAGGCUGUCUUGAGAGUGGAAAGGAAAGUCUUCUUCUAGAGGAGAAAAAUAAAGAAUUAAUGAAUGAAAAUAAUUAUUUAAAAGAAAAACUGUUUCACUGUGAAAAAGAAGCAGCAGAAAUAAAAGUGAUUGUGAGAAAACUUCAAGAAGAACUGGCUGAUAGCAUUAAAAAAAUAUCUAUGCCAGAAUCUCCACUGGAGGGUACAUCACAUUGUCACAUUAAUUUGGAUGGGACACAGGCUUCAAAGAAAAAAUUAUUUCAAGUAGGAAGUCAGCCUGAAGAACAAAAGGAAGAAUUAAGAAAACUUUUUGAGUUAAUAUCAUCAUUGGAGUAUAAUGGGGAUCAAAUGAGAAAGAAAAAUAAUGAAUUAGAAGAAGAGAGAACUGGAUAUAAGGAACUCCUAGAAAUGACAAUAAAUAUGUUAAAUGUACUUGGAAACGAAGACUUCAGUUUCCAUGGAGACUUAAAAACAGAUCAACUGAAAAUGGAUAUUCUGAUUAAGAAGAUAAAACAUAAGCUUGAUGAUCUUACAGCAGAGGAGGAAGCUGUGUCUUCAAAAUGUAUCAAUUUGGCU